UCCGGGUUGCCGCAGCAACAGAGUCAAACUUUGGAGGAGGAAAGAGACACAAAAUACAGAAACACAGUCGCAAAAUAUUCAUUCGAGAAAAAAGGUAUUUUGUUGGAACCAGAUAACUGUUAAGUCAGUCAACUUAUUAAAGUCUGCUCCAACUCGAUCCAAGUGUCUGAUCAGUCAUGGCGUCUGAUGCGGCGGCCUCUGGUGGGAAAAAGACAAAAACAAUGAAGGGGAUUGAAGAGCUGACAAACGCGGGCCAUCGAGCUCUGACCGAACAACGUCACAGUUACGCUGUCACCUGCUUCAAGGACGCUUUAAAAUCUGCAAAGCAGCUGCAGGACUCUCGGGUGGUCCGGGCUUGUACCUACAACCUCGGUGCGGCUUAUGUAGAAUCAGGACAGCCUCAGAAGGGUCUGGAAUUCUUGCGGCGAGCUCAGUCCGGUCCAAAGGCCGAGCGGCUCCCAGACCUUCAGUUCAACUUCGCACUGGCCCACAAUGCACUGGGUCAGAGCACUGAGGCUGCCGCCCACUUCCUGCAGGCUGCUCAGCUGUACAGGUCACAGGGAGAUGGAGGCAGCGAGGGAGACGCCUGCAUGGAGAUGGGCCAUUGCUACAGCAGGACCCAGGACUGGUCUCUGGCGGUCCAGGGUUUCCUCCGCGCUGCAGAAAGCUACAAAAUGGCUGACAUGUUACACUCUGCAGCCGCUGCCCUGAAGCAGGCGGGAAAUCAUAUGAUCCAAUCACAGCAGUUCAGUAGUGAUGACAUCACAGGCGUGCUAGACGAGUGUCUGUCCUUGACCCACGGCAUCAGCGAGCCAAGGAUUCUGGGUGAGCUGUACCUAUCAGUGGGCGUGUCUUUCUGCAGACUGCGCUGUUUCCCUCAGGCGCUACAGUGUUUUCAAAAUGCUGUGAGUCCUGCCGCUCAGUGGCCUCCUCUGCUGGCCAAAGUCACACACAACCUGGGAGCUGCUCUGAACUCUGUGGGUCAGUUCAAGUCUGCCCUGGUGUACCACAGACAGGCGGCUGGACUCUACGGCUCCCUGGGCUGCCGUGGAGAUCAGGCUCGCUGUUUCAGUAACCUGGCUGUAGCUUGCAGUGAGCUGGGUGAUGAAGAGGGGGCAGCAGAGAGCUUCAUACACGCCCUGCAGGGAUUCACAGACGCAGAGGAGCACCUGUCUCAGGUGCAGGUGUGUGUGUCCUUGGCUAAGUUUUACCUGAGGCAGAAGAAACAUCAUAAAGUGGUUCAACUCUACAAACAGGCUCUGAGUGCAGCCUCCCACUGUGAGGACACUACUAUUCGGGAUCAGCUCUUGGAUCAGCUGAUGACAUCACUGCAAAGACUGAACCUGCAGAGACCACGCCCCGGCAGGAUGCGACCAAAAGGCUUCCCUGUGGAACUAAAGUCCGACAUCAUAGACAGUCCAGGAAGUGAAACCAAUCAGGAGCAGGAUGAGAACAGAGAGGAGCGCUCAGAGGAAGACGCUCCAGGUGGACAGGAAGCUGCGGAGCGUUAUGAGAAGCCAGGGGGCGGAGCUUCUGGAGAUGCAGGUGUGGACAGACAGAAGUCUAACUCCAACAGUAAAACGUCAUUGGUGCAGCAGACAGAGGCCCCGCCCAACAGCCACACUGAGCUGACACACGCCACUUCUCUGGUGGGACGGUUGAGGUCCAGGUUCUGUUCUCUGAUGUAGAUGAAGUCCACAUCAACUGAUCUCUGGACUG